CUUCGACAGAGAAAGAGACGAGACGGCGAGACCCAAGUCUGUGUGAGACUCCCAGAUUCCCUACAAAUGGGGAAAGGUGAGAAAAGCCUGCACCAGCAACACCUCCAGGAUCAGAGUCACCAAACCCUCGAUGCUUCUGGGUUCAUUUGUCCCGAAUGUUCCAAAUUCUUGAACAGAAUCGCCCAGGAGUUCAGCUUCCGAUGCGUCUUCGUUUAAUUCUCGGCUUCUCGGUUUUCCUCUCCGGGAUCUUGUGGAUCCUUCCUCGCCAUUCCGUCAAUUCUGGGUUCGAUGCCAAAGAAUCGAUUAAGCUCGGUGAUGCAGGUGGCUAUUUUGUCAAUAGGUGGCUAUUUUGUCCAUGCACCAAAAUAGUGCAUCUAACUGGACUGAUGUGGUGUUUGGUGUCUUCUGAUCCGGUGAAUGUUCCGAUACUUCCAGUGUCCAUAAGUGUGCUGAGAUCAUCUUUGGUUGAGCUGUUCCUUAAGCAAUCAACGUUUGGACGACAUGAACGUUAGUUGUCGUUGUGGUAAUCUAAUUGAUCAUUGCUUUAGAAUGUCUUUCCGUUUUGUUUGAAUGCUUUAUUGCUUUAAGCCACUUCACAACACAAUGCAGUGUUUGCAUCUUUUUACUAUCCUUUCAUUGACAUUUCAGGAGUACUUUGGUUUUAGGAAUAUUGCUGAAAUGUUUUGUUAACUGUUGGAAAUAAUGUUGUUGUUGAAUUGUGUUGGAAAUGUCUUGUUUGUCUUUCACAGGUCCAAAGGGCACCAGCCCCACCCAAGGAAUCAAGACCUAUCAAGGACCAGGUCAUAAAGUCUAGAAAGGGAUGGAAGAAAAUGAAGUUGGCAAUGGAGGGUAGUUCUACUGGAAAUGGUAGUGCAUCAGCCGGCCUCAACACAGCCUCCUACUCAAAGCAGCCAAAAUCAUGGAGCAAGGGGUGCUCAAAAGUGAAUGUGCUGGCUUUAAAUUAGAGAAACAUAAUGUGUACUUCAUCAUGUUUUGGAAUUAAUUUUUUGCAAACAAUCUGGUUCCUUGAGUUUUUGGAAACCAAUUAAGCUUGAAUCUAAUGCAUAGUAUGUUUCUCAUGUUGAACUGAUGUUGGUUUUAAUGGUUUUAAUUCAGUGAUAUUGGCAGACCUUUUGGUUC